CUUUUAUUUUUAUUAGUAUUUUUCUUUUCAUAUAUAUAUAUAUAUAUAUAUAUGUAUCGGCUUAUGCUUCUCUGACUCAGAUCGUACUCAUCCAAUUUAUUGGCAUUCUAUAUGUGUGUGUGCGUGUGUACGUGUGUGUGUGUGUGUGUGUGUGUGUGUGUACGUGUGUGUGUGUGUGUGUGUGUGUGUGUGUGUGUGUGUGUGUGUACAAAGACUGAGUAUGGAUCUAUAUAUUCCAGUAUAUCAUGUCGUGUAAGGAGGAGUAGCCUAGAAAUAAGGUAUAGUUAGAAAUGAAGGGUGUUCUCCGGUGCUCAGCGAAUUACAUACCCUUGUCCCCGAUAAGCUUCUUAGAGCGAGCAGCUCUUCUUUAUGGAGAUAAGGUUUCGAUCAUUUACCAAAAUAUCAGAUUUUCUUGGAAAGAAACUCAUCAAAGAUGCCUCGACUUCGCUUCUGCUCUGGUGCAGUUAGGGAUUUCGCCGCUUGAUGUCGUUGCGGCUUUUGCACCCAAUGUUCCUGCUAUGUACGAGCUUCAUUUCGGAGUUCCAAUGGCAGGUGCAGUUCUCUCAGCUCUAAACACAAAGCUAGACCCAACAAUGCUAGCAGUUAAGUUAGAGCAAUUGGAGGCCAAAAUCAUACUUGUACAUCAUCAGUUUGUCGACGUUGUUCUUAAAGCACUUGACAAACUAAGGAAACGAAAAUUCAAGCUUCCAACUCUUGUUCUAAUCCCAGAAGAAGAAUUCGAUUAUCAAACACCAACUCCCAUUAAUGCAGCAGAUCUCCCAACAGGUAGCUUGAAUUACAAUCAACUUCUGGAAAUGGGGAAACUUGAUGAUCAGUUUGAGAUUAUACGCCCAAACAAUGAAUGCGAUCCGAUUACAGUGAAUUACACUUCUGGAUCAACAGGGGAUCCCAAAGGAGCAGUGUACAGCCACAGAGCUGUAUAUCUCAAUUCACUGGCAGCAAUUUUCAACUUCAACAUGGAAAUGACACAAAAGCCCGUGUUUCUAUGGACGGUCGACAUGUUUCGCUGCAGUGGAUGGUGCUACACUUGGGCUAUUGCUGCUCUCGGUGGCACCAAUGUCUGCCUCACAACUCUCUCAGCCAAGGUCAUAUUUGAAGCAAUUGCUCUUCACAAAGUAACCCAUUUGUGUGGAAAACCCAUCAUUUUAAACAUAAUUGCGGACGCCUCGGAUACUGAUCAAUUAAUCCCACUUCCAUCAAGAGUGGAAAUCAUUGUUGCUGGUGCAUUGCCAGCCCCAAAAAUUCUAAUGACGGUGAUGGAGAUGGGUUUCAAUAUCAGCCAUGGAUAUGGCAUGACAGAGGUCCUUGGUCCAGCAAUUGUUACACCAUGGAAACCUGAUGAAGACCAUCAUUUAUCGAACUAUUCGAAUGGCGUUCACAAUGUCAUGCUGGAAGGGAUCGACGUGAAAGAUUCAAACACAAUGGAAAGUGUACCAUUUGAUGGGAAAACGAUGGGGGAGAUAAUGUUCAGAAGCAAUACAGUGAUGUUGGGGUACCUGAAAAAUUCAGAGGCAACCCAAGAAGCUUUUAGAGAUGGAUGGUAUAGAACUGGGGAUCUUGGAAUCAGACACCCAGAUGGGCAUAUCCAAAUGAAAGACAGAGCAAAGGACAUUAUCCUUAGUAAAGGAGAAGCAAUUAGCACACUCGAAGUGGAGGCAGUGUUGCUUAGCAAUCCAAAGGUAAUGGAAGCUGCCGUUGUGGGACAAAAUGAAGUCGCUUUUGCUUUUGUGAAGUUGAAGGAAGGGUGUUUUGCAAGUUCCAAAGAGAUCAUAAAGUUCUGUUCGGAGAAUUUGCCUGCUUUUAUGGUUCCUCGUGAUGUAAUAUUUGGUGAUUUGCCGGCCAACUCCACUGGAAAGGUACAGAAAUCUGUUCUUAGAGAGAGGGUUAAUUUCAUAGAGAGCCAAGAUAGGUAAGAUAGAAAGAUUAGUUGUUUUAAAUUGACCAAAACAGAUUGUUAAUUUGUUUUUAACUCUUUCUUACACUUAAAGAUUUCUAGCAUUACAUAUUGUUAA